UAUAUAUGGGUGUUUCUAAGUUCAGAUUACAAGAUAGUGAGAACUUCUCUCUUGAUCUCUCUCUCAUUCUCUUUUUUUAUUUAUUUAUUGAUUCACAACAAUUUUAUUAUUUUUCUAAAACUUUUAGCCCCGCAAGAGACUCAAGACACAAGAGUGUCAAUCCUCCACCUGAUGGAACCCACUUUCAACCUUGUGACCUGAUUGGCAAAAGAAAGUCAAGUCCACCCUUAUCGGAUCUGUCUGCUGUGGUGAAACUCAGUUUGCAAGUGAAGGGCUCGGAGAUGGAGGACAAUCGUAUCAUACUGGAGCAUAACCUGUUGGAGGACGAUGAUGCUAUGACAAACCAGAAACUAGAGGGUUUAAGGUUGCCAUGCCUCUAUUUUGGAUGCUAUGAAGGAGGGAUAGAAAUUCUUGUACAAGUUAGCUUGUUCUGCUUGGGCAAUAUGCUGAAAUGGGUGGUCUGCGUGAUAUAUUUCUAUGAUUGCAAGAAGCGGACUUUAGAGAAGAAAUUUGAUGAGGAAGUAGGAAGAGAAAUCAAAGCUGUUGAUGCAUCAUUAUCAUGGGAAGAGAAGAAGUAUCGGGAGUCGGUUCCCAACUCCGUGUAUUUACUUUUGGCCACGUUUUAUAUCGAUCUAUUUAGUAGAAAUAGAGAUAAACCAUGGAUCUUUGCUGUCCUAUAUCCUGAGUUUGUUGCAAUAAGAUGCCUCUAAAUUUAGAGUUU